AUUUUUUCUCUGUAAAGUUGCUUAAAGUUUUAUACCUGUCAAUUAAAGUGAUCUAUAUCUCUAUCAUGGAAAUAAUACUGGCAUCAGAAUGUCCACCUCAAGAGACUCUCAUGGCCCCAACAGCUUCUAGUCACACUCGGCUGGUCACGCCUGGGGAAGUAAUAUAUGAAGACACUAGUUAUAUGAGAGGCCAUGGAACCUACAUGGAGGAUGGGUGCCAGGUUGCAUCAGUUGCAGGCUAUGUUUCGCAGGUCAAUAGACUAGUCACAGUCACUCCACUCAGGCAGCUUUAUCAAGGUGCAGUAGGCGACACCAUAGUGGGCCGAGUGACACAGGUUGGAGGUGGACGAUGGAAACUUGACAUCAAUUCACGCCUUGAUGCGGAGCUCAAGCUUGUUAACGUCCAGCUUCCUGGUGCGGAGCAGCGGCGCAAGAACGUCGAAGAUGAGCGCGGGAUGCGUGACUUGCUGAGCGAGGGCGCGCUGGUUUGUGUCGAGGUACAGAAGGUGGGGCAGGACGGCGUCCUCAGACUGGCUGCCCGCACCAACAAGUUUGGCAAGUUAGGACAAGGGAUGCUGGUGUCAAUGUCACCAUCACUGCUGGUACGGGACAAGCAACGUAUGCACGAUCUGCCUUGUGGGGCCCGCGUCGUGUUUGGGGCCAACGGCUACAUCUUCCUAGGGCCCACCUGCGACCAGGAGCAGGGCCUCUCCUACACCGACAGCGAUGAAGAGGUGGGCGUGGAGGUACGGGAGAGCUUGGCCCGCCUCAGCAACUGUCUGCGCGCUCUGGCCAAACACUCCGUCAUGAUCUCCCCCACGUCCAUCAUGGCGGCGCACGACGCGUCUAUUCAACUUAACAUUCCUGUGAAGGACUUGUUGAAAGGCGACGUGAUGCGAGACAUAGCCAUCGCCACACUACAAGACAUCGCCGAUACCUGAUCUUUGGUUGAUUAUAAAGCCUCGU